AUGCCUACCAACACCGCACCUAUCCGCGUGAACGCCUACCGCGAUGGCCGCUCCGUCGACUUUCUGACCAGCUACGGCGCUUCUGGAAACAUCAGCGGGGCUGCGGCGACCGAGGUCGCCUUCACCUCUCCGGCCCCGGUCAAGACCAUAGUGCGCUGCUUUGCCGAAAAGGACCUCAAGGGUCACGAGUACAGCCACAACGUCCCGGCCAACGGCGGUAAAACUAAGGUCAACGUUGGGGCGUUCAAGAGCUGGAAGCUUGAGAAGAACCCUUACUAA